CUGAAGUCAGUUGUUUGCGUGCGCGUGUUUUGGACCUGUUUAUGGGUCGUAGCGUCGCGAAGCACUGAAGCAAAUCAACCCAAGACGGUCGAUCGGAGCGGCUGAUCAAUACGAUGAGGCUGAGGGCGCCACUGUUGUUGCUGGCACAGCUUUGCCUCUUGCUUGGCGUCCACAUCUUCCUCGUCUUCUUUGUUGGUGCGGAGGUGGUGCUGGAAGAAGAUGAGCACGGUGCGUUCCACAUCAACACCACCCAUCCACAGGAGCAGCACAAGCAGCAGCAGCCGGCGGCUGUGUUUGUGAAUGGGGUGAACGUGGCGGAGACGUUUGAGCUGAUACAAGAGCAGCAGAGCAUGUUGCGAGACCUGGAUCGCGUGAACACGAACCAAGCACGGCAGCUGAGCUCCUUGGACCGCCAGCUGUGCGACAUCACACCACCGACCGUGGACACCACAACCAUCACGGGGCUCGGCACCACGUCAACAUUCAAGUGGUCGGAUGGUGUCUUGGCCACAAACGGCCUCAUCUAUUUCAUUCCGUUCAGUGCUUCCUCCAUCGUCAUCCUUGACCCAAGCACCAACGGAGUGGAUGACACGACAAUGGGCGGCUUUCCAACUGACACCUCAAAGUGGGGUGCCGGCGUGCUUGGCGACAACGGCCUCAUCUACGGUGUACCGUUCACAGCAACAUCCGUACUUGUCAUCGACCCCACAACGAACACCGCCGACACAACCACCAUCUCUGGCCUGUCCUCGAGUGGUGGCAAAUAUUUCAGCUGUGUACUGGCCGACAAUGGCCUCAUCUAUGGCGUCCCCUGGUCUGCACCAGCCGUGCUCAUCAUCGACCCGGCGGCCAACACAACGGACACAACCUCGAUUCAGGGGCUAACCGCCAACCGUGAGAAGUGGCAAGGUGGCGUGCAAGCGCCCAACGGCCUGAUCUACGCGGCCCCCACCUCUGCAUCCAGCGUGCUCAUCAUCGACCCUGUGACCAACACGGCAGACACGACGAGCAUCCCGAGCCCGCUUUCUGGCUCCCGAAAGUGGGGUGGUGCUGUGCUGGCAAACAACGGCCUGAUCUACUGCAUCCCGUUUGUCAUCCAUGCUGCGCUUGUCAUUGAUCCGAGCACCAACACCGCUGAAGCGACGACAUUUUCCAACUUGGCUGGAGGCAUCUCUUGGCACGGCGGUGUGCUUACAAGCAACGGCCUCGUCGUGGGCAUUCCUGCAUCAGUGACAGCCGUGCUCCUCAUUGAUCCUGCCACCGGGACGGCAGACACGUCGACGCUGGCUGUACCGGAGGGUUCAAUGAAGUGGUUCGCGGGUGUGCUGGCUCCAAAUGGUCUCAUCUAUGGCGUACCGCACAAUGCCGACGCUGUCCUUAUCAUUGACCCCGGCUGCUGA